UUCAAGGAAUCCCAAUUUAUAUUCUCAAGUCAAGUCAACUUUAUUUAUUUAAACCCACUGCAUCUUCCUUGUGAAAUUAAUAUAUCAUACACUUGUAUUAUGACUUUCAUAACAUGGGCUUGGGGGUGAGCGUGUUAAAGAAUUGUGCUAUAAUACAAACAAAUACAACUUAUUAUAUACAUUACAAACACAUUAAAAGAUGUGUAGUAUGUAUGUAGAUUUUUGUGAAAAAUGUUUUCUGUUUUGGGUGGACGAGCUUCUUUUAUAAAAUUAUAUAGCUUAUUUACUAUUAUAUUAAGGGCUUUCUCUGCUAGUCUUUACAGAAACUAAUCUUUGCUAAAAAAAACUUUUCGCCACUAGAUAGUAGGCCUGAACAUAUUCAAAGAAUAAUUUAAGAAAUGUGCAUGUGUAAAUGGAAAAAAAUGGAAAUUGUGGCACUGUUACAGUGUCUUUUUUAACUGCUACUGAGCUGUUAAAUCCUGUGGUAGGACUGUCAUUAACAAAAAGCCACUUUUGUGUCCACGUUUUAAACGUAAUCUUAAUUUACCAACUUGCAACAAAGGUCUAAAAGGGCGAAGUCCGGCGGCCGCAUGCGCCCCGAUCUCUGGUCCAGGGUGCGACGAGCGACGGUCUCUUCCUGCGGCUUCUCCUGGCUUGACCCAAACGGCCCUCGAGGGUGAACACACUGGUUUUUGUUGCCUGCCUGCCUGCAGUAGUAGUAUUUGUACCUUGGUGUAUGAUUAUAACUAUUAAGAGUAUAUACUCGUCAAGUGCUCCUUCUCUACAACCACACCAUGACGAUGAUAAUAAGGGGAGAGCAUUUCUUUUCUAAACGUGUUUUUUUGUGUAUUAAUUUGUUUUUUAUUGUGGCCAAAUCAUCAGCCAGCCCUGUUUGUAGCACGGCCUGCCAUUUGAUAAUCACAAUAAGCUCAGCUCUCUCAUAGAAAGUUGUCUUUCUGUGGCUCUUUGAUGUGGUGUGACAGACUUUUAUAGCAGCUAUAGCGCACAUGAACGGAUCUAACAUUUGUUGUUAAAUUAAGCCUAUAAUUGCCAAUGUAUAUCACUAAUAAUUAGGAAUAAAUUGUAAUAAUAGUAAUCACAGCACAGUACUCCAGUACUCUUUCUCUCGUCUCCAUUCUUUUUCUUUCUUUUUUUUUCUUUUCUCUCUUGCCCUUUUAUAACAUGAAAAACGUAAUUACUGAAAAAAUUAAACAUUGGUUAAUAGAGCAAUGAAUUUGCUAUGAAGGCUAUAUAUGAAGCUAGGAAGGCUAUAUAACCAAAUUCAUGUCAUUUCGUCUUAUAUGUCUAAUAUGAUGAUUUUUUUCAUCUCAUCACAUUGAUAACUACAUUGUAACUAUCAUUGUACAUUGUGUAGGACUGAGCAAGCCGCCUUCUUGAAAGUGUCUUGUCAAAAGAGCUUCAGUUCUGUUAAAACUUGGAUAUUUCUUUAAAAAGUGUUUUGGUCAUGUGACAAGUCAGAAGUGAAACUAUGAACACACCCUUUUAUAACAGGCCGAAUGAGAACAACAUCAAGAGAAAAUAAUGUAAAUCAGUCAGAGAACAGAUCGUUUUAAUGCUGCCCUCCAAAGACGAAAUGGACUGAAUGAACUGGAUUAAGUUUGUUUUUGAUUUUCUUCAUUGUUGAGAGGGAGAUAGGUUUGAACAAACACGUUCUCAUUCGUUGGAAAACCAUGCAAAUCUGCGUAUGUAAAUAUUCCUAUCAACAGUAAUGUAAGAGUAUUUUCAGAUGCUAUAGUAUCUAUUAUUUUUCUUAGUAGCCUCAAAAUAUAUAAAGUAAUAGAGUAAUAUAAUCAUAACUAUACUGUAUCCUGUUUUUUCUAUGAAUAUAUUUGUGAGAAUACCUUUUCUAGUGUCUUUGACAGAAAAGGAAGAUUAGAGAUUGGUCUGUAAUUUAAUUUUUUAAGUCUUCUAUUAAUCAUUUCCAGUUCAUAUAAUAAAGCAACUUUUAAACACGAAAGUAACCCACCCAGAUGACAGCAAGAGACUUUCUAAAUGAGUCAUUGAGUUAUUUAUUCAGUCUCAGGCUAAUUCGUUCAAGAAUGAAACGAGCUCCUGUCGUUAUGAAUUCUGUUAUAUUCUAUGGGUGAUUUCAAUCAAUGAUUUCAGUGUGUUGCUCUGUGAUGAGCGACUGUUCUGCUGUGGUCUUAGUUUGGAACUAGUUUUUACAACAUUAUUGAAAAUAUUGUCUGAAUUGUAAAGUGCACGUCGUUUGAACUCUUGCGUAAAAUCAAUGUCACAUUUGUAAUAGAAUUAAUUUUCAGAGGGAAAAAUUUACUCUCUUGUGUUGCUUAGCAAUGCAUCAUAUUAUAAAUAUUAAAAAUUUCCCCCGCAGUAUGUUUCUUCUUUGUGCAGUUAUGUUAUGCACUGAAUUAUUCCUUUAAAAACGUGGAUUUAUUAAUGAAACACUUUAUAUGCUUUAGUUUCCUUUUGUGAAAAUCUGUCACAAUUGGUCAAUUUAGAAAAAGUUGAUUAUUCACACUUUUAUUUUACUUUCGUUUUAAGUAAUGUUCCGCUUUCAAUCUGACGCACACACGCUUGUUUUUGUGUUAAUGUUAUUGUUAUUUUAGCUAAAAGUUUGUUCCGUAAAUUAAUUUAAACAGCAUUACAUUUAAAAAAAAUUAUUCAUAUUUGUCUAAGUCCUUUAACUUUAAAUUAGAUGGUGUAGGCUAUUUAUUUUUUAAUUUCCCGCGAUUUAAAAUGUACUAAUGCAACCCCUGUAAGGGUUGUUAAAAUUUAGUAAACAGAACCCUAUUUUUUGUUUAUAAGCAUAUUUUUAAAUGUGUAUUAUGAUGCCUGUAAAGUUUUUUUUAUAUAAGUACCUUUAAGAUCUAGGGCAAAGUGCAAAGGAUCGGUUGUAAAAAAAAGUACUUGAGCAAAAUGUGGGUUUCAACAGCAGUUUGGUUGAUUGCCGUUGAUUGGAGGAUAAUUAGUUCAUGCCCGCCUUCUUUAUAGGUUAGUCAUACUUGAUUGGUUUGGGGAGGGGGAAAGAAAUCCGAGAAAGAGAAGGAACAGAAAAGAGGAGCGAGUGAGAGAAGCAGGUAUUAGAUUACUCAUUUGUGAACUUUAAUAUCUCUAAAAGCGGUAUCAGAGGUGAGGCUGGAAUUUUAUAGCCGAGAGAUAACCUAUAAAAGAACCCGCUGCUCUGCUGUAGAGUUUAGACUGUUGAGACGACAAAGAGACUUCAUUUAUUAAAAUGCGAAUUUCAUAAUCUACUCUAAGAGUACAUGAUACUUUAUCAACUGUUUUAACUGAAUUGGGUGAGUGUACCUAACAAACGAUGGAUCAGGAUGAACUCGCACAUGAUUCGGGAUCUCCAGAAUCCAUGUGUGUGUCUGUGAAGACUGACAAAUCAAUCGACUAUCCACCUGCAUUCACUGAAGCAGCAACCUCUGACAAUGACAGGACUUUCUGUGAAAUUGAAAAAAAGAGGGUUUCUGUUCAGACACGUAAACGUAAAACGGCAUCUCCAAAACCCAGCUGUGUAUCUACGAAGCGUGACAGAUCCAUGGAAAAUCACCCUGUAUUUAGUGAUGAAGCAGCGACCUCUGACCCCGAUAGGUCUGCCGGUAAAAUGAGACCAUAUGAGUGGAGAAAGGACAGGGCUUUUGUUUCGACACGUGAACAAAAAGCAGCAUCUCCAGAACUCAGCUGUGUGUCUCUAAAGAGCGAUGCGUCCAUGGAAUUGAGACGUGACCUCAGCGAUGGAGCAGUGACCUCUGAACCUGAAGUGAAGAGAAAAGAUGUGAUUAAAUCAGAGACACAAGAUCUGACCUGCACUGCCUCUGACUGUCAGACCCUUACCAUGCAGAAAGCAAAAGACAAGCAUAAAACUAGCAUGAAGAAAAUGUAUGAGAGCUUAUGUGAAGGAAUCAUACGACAAGGGAAUCAAACACCCCUAAACAGGAUCUACACGCAGCUCUACAUCAUAGAGGGAGAGAGUGAAGGAGUGAAUGAAGAACAUGAGAUUUUAGAGAUGGAGAAAGGAGUCAGAACACCAGAUGCUCUAAUCCACUGCAAUGACAUCUUUAAACCCUUAAAUCAACCAAGAUGGGAGGAGAUGCAUAAAAUCAAGACUGUUCUUACUAAAGGCAUCGCUGGAAUCGGAAAAACCGUCUCUGUGCAGAAGUUCAUUCUGGACUGGAGCGAAGGAAAAGCCAAUCAAGAUGUAGAUUUCAUGUUUGUUCUUCCAUUUCGAGAGCUGAACUUGAUUAAAAAUCAGAAGUACAGUCUUCACAGACUUCUGCUGGACUUUCAUCCUGAACUUCAAGAUCUGGACUUACAGAUUUUUGAGGAGUGUAAAGUUGUGUUUAUCUUUGAUGGUCUGGAUGAAAGCAGAAUGACGCUGAUGUUUUCAGAUGGUGAGAAGGUCUGUGAUGUGAAUGAGUCUUCAUCAGUGGAUGUGUUGAUGUCAAACCUCAUCAGAGGAGAUCUGCUUCCCUCUGCUCUCAUCUGGAUCACCUCCAGACCAGCAGCAGCCGAUCAGAUCCCCUCAAAAUACAUCAACCGUGUGACAGAAAUUCAGGGAUUCAAUGAUCCUCAGAAGGAGGAAUAUUUCAGGAAGAGAAUCAGUGAUGAGCAUCAAGCCAGCAGAAUCAUCUCACACAUUAAAAGAUCAAGAAGCCUCCACAUCAUGUGUCACAUCCCGGUCUUCUGCUGGAUCUCAGCCACUGUGCUUCAAAACCUUCUGAAACAAGAUGAGAGUGCAGAAAUUCCUCAAACUCUAACUGAAAUGUACAUUCACUUCCUGUUGACUCAGAUCAAAAUGAGAAAUCUGAAAUAUGAUCAGAGAGAUCCUGAGAAAUUGCUGAAGUUAAAAAGGGAUAUGAUUGUGAAACUUGCUGAUCUGGCUUUCAAACAGCUGAUGAAGGGCAAUGUGAUGUUUUAUGAAGAGGACCUGAUUGAGAGCGGCAUAGACGUCACUGACGCUUCGGUUUAUUCUGGGAUUUGCACUGAGAUCUUUAAGGAGGAAUCUAUGAUUCAUCAGAGGAAAGUCUACUGCUUCAUUCAUCUGAGCUUUCAGGAGUUUCUAGCUGCUUUAUUUGUGAUUAACUGUUGUGUUACCAAGAACACAAAGUUCCUGAAAUCAUUUCUGAAUAAAAAAUAUAAGCGGUACAGUUUACAAAACUCUAUGUAUGAGUUACUAAUAACAGCAGUUGAAAAGUCCUUACAGAGUGAAAAUGGACAUCUGGAUCUUUUCCUGAGGUUUCUGCUGGGCGUUUCACUGGAAUCCAAUCAGAGACUUUUAAAGGAUCUACUGACACACACAACAAACAGCUCAGAGACCAUCGAGAGAAUCACACAGUACAUUAAAGAAAAAAUCAAGAGUGAUGUUGGUCUCUCAGCUGAGAGGUGCAUCAAUCUGUUCCUCUGUCUGCUGGAAAUGAAAGAUCAGACUCUAUACAGAGAGAUUCAGGAGUUUGUAAAGACUCGAUCAGUCAAAUUACUCUCUCCUGGUCACUGCUCAACAAUCGCCUACAUGCUUCAGAUAUCAGACGAGGUGCUGGAUGAGUUUGAUCUGAAGAAAUACAACACAUCAGAUGAAGGUAGAAGGAGACUGAUACCAGCUGUGGUGAACUGCAGAAAAGCUCAACUUGCUGGCUGUAAUCUCACUGCUCAUUGUUGUGAAAGUCUGUGUUCAUCUCUACAAUUAUCAAACUCACUGAGAGAGCUGGACCUGAGUAACAAUGAUCUGCAGGAUUCAGGAGUGAAGCUGCUCUCUGAUGGACUGAAGAGUUCACACUGUCAACUCAACACACUGAGACUUGUUGGAUGUAAUCUCAGUGAUCAGUGCUGUUUAUCUCUACAAUCAUCAAACUUAAUGAGAGAGCUGGACCUGAGUAAUAAUGACCUGCAGGAUUCAGGAGUGAAACUGCUCUUGGAUGUACUGAAGAGACUCAAUAUACUGAGACUUGCUGGCUGUAAUCUCACGGCUCAGUGCUGUGAAAGUUUGUCAUUAUCUUUACAAUCAUCAAACUCACUGAGAGAGCUGGACCUGAGUAACAACAGCCUGCAGGAUUCAGGAGUGAAGCUGCUCUCUGAUGGACUGAAGAGUCCACACUGUCAACUCAACAUACUAAAAUUAUCUGGUUGUGUGGUGACAGAGGAAGGCUGUUGUUUUUUGGCUUCAGCUCUAAGUUCAAACCCCUCACACCUGAGAGAGCUGGAUCUCAGCUACAAUCACCCAGGACCAUCAUUAGUCAAGCUGCUCUCUGAUCCACACUACAGACUGGAAAAACUCAAUGUGGAUCACUGUGGACAGUUCCGGAUUAUUAAAGGACCUCAGAAAUAUGCGUGCGAUCUCACACUGGAUUUAGACACGGCAAAUAAUUUCCUAUCUCUGUCUGAGGGGAACAGAAAGGUGACAAAUGUGAAAGAGAAACAGCUGUAUGAUCAUCAUUCGAAAAGAUUUGAGUGUCAUCAGAUUCUGUGUAAAGAGAGCAUGUCUGAAUGUUCUUACUGGGAGGCUGAAUGGGGCGGAAACAAAGUUAAAGUCUCAGUAGCAUAUAAAACAAUUAAGAGGGAAGGAUGGAGUGAUUACUGUUUGUUUGGACACAAUAAAAAUUCCUGGAGUCUGGAAUGUUUUGAUGACAGUUUCGCUGUCUCUCACAAUAAUAAGCACAGAGUAAUAUCCGCUCCUUCGUGUCGUUCUAACAGAGUAGGAGUGUAUCUGGACUGGUCGGCUGGCACUCUGUCCUUCUACAGCGUCUCUGACACACACACACUCACACACUUACACACGUUCAACACCACGUUCACUGAACCCCUCUAUGCUGGAUUUGGGUUUUAUAAUAUUAAUACUUCGGUGUCUCUGUGUGAGAUUAAACCGCGUCCUGUGAGAAACACAGCUGAAUAAAGAAACACAAUCGAUCUCAUUUUAAGGCACACGCCUGUAAGUUCUUUCUCUUGUGUAAUCUUAUUUUUAGUGUAUAUACGAUCAGGGGUCUCAAAAUCACAGUCAAACUGAUUGUUCAAUGGAGUUGAAGAUGAGGAACAAAACCAUGUAGAGACCAGAUAAUCAGGAGGGUUUGAGGAUCACUUAUAGUUGUUUAUAGUUUUGAAUAUAAGUGAAUAUUUUUGCACUUUGUCUAUUUUUUUGUUUCUUGUAUCUGUUUAUCUGUAUCUUUGUCUUUCUGUUGCACUGUGGAACUUUAAUCACCAAAACAAAUUCCUUGUAUGUGUUAACAUACCUGGCAAUAAAGCUAAUUUUUAUUUCACGAGCUGAUAUUUUAUCCUCA